UGUGGCGCACUUCUCUCCAGCACCGGCAGCGCACAUACACAGUGUCCGAGCCGGUCCCAGCUGCCCCACCAUGGAGGACCAGUCUCACUAUGUGUCAUCCACUCACGAUGCCCCGAAACCCGACGAGCAGCUGUACCUGGGAGCGGAGGAUGAAAUGGACGACGUGCUGGACCUGACUGGGGGAAAGUACACCCACCCGGCUUUCGCCGUCUCCUUCCCCGGUAAGCACGCAGUGGAGGAGGACGAAGAAAAGCCCAGCUAUUCGGACAGCCUGGAACCGUCACCGGAGGACGAGGAGCCCAGCAGCAUCAGCAGCGACAUCCCCCGGUUCCCUGUCAUCCCAAGCGCGCCUGUGGAAGAGCACGACAUAGCGGCCUUGCCGUACGGCGCUCCCUCUUCCGGCUCUGUGGGGCGUUCAUAUUUAGCCCAGUUUCUUCAAGCAGAAGAUGUGAACCUCUUUCCUCUUCCUGCUUCAUCUGCACCUUUGAUGCAAUCCUCUGCAGAUAAUGUAAUGGAUUUGCAGCAGCCUUCUAGCACUGAGCCAGCUGGCAAAGAGGACCUUUCAUCUCUGCUGUUUGAAUCCACUACUACCCUUCCUUCUUUAUCUCCUUUGUCUGCUGAUUACCCUAAAGAGCACACAGCCACUAUUGCUUUCUCUGCUGACUCCACCACUCCAGAAGCUUUGCAAAGCUAUGCUACAGAGACUGACUAUGCUGAAGGAAAAGACCACAAAUACACUUUUGGUCUAGGCGAUAUCAAGGAAGAUACAAUCUUUUCUGAUAGAGGUUAUGCUGUUGAACAUCCCACGUCUCAGCCAGAGUCUGUACCUGUAGAUCAUGCAAAACUGUACACACAGUCUGCUAAAGAGAUGUUUUCAGGAAUGCUUAAAUCUGUUGGACCUCCCCAUGAAGAGUUUUUAGAUCCUAAAGGAGUCGAACACUAUGUGGACUUCAAACCCUUUGUUAGUACGGCGGGCCUUGAUCUUGGCUAUGAAUUUAAAAGUAUGGCUGCUGGCAUUAAAAGUAAUAUCAGUUCUUUGAAUUUUGAAUCCACAAAGCCUGAAGAAAAAUACAUGGAAGAGAAGGACAUAGACCUUUCUGAUGAUAUAUCUCCUGCAUCUCCGGAAGCUAUAUCUAAUUCCUCAAGUUAUGAGACCUUUGCUCCUUUACAAAAAGCUGCACCAUUGGCAUAUGGAGGGAAUCCAUUUACUGACCACAAAUUUGAGAAGAGUGUGGAAGAGACGGGGACUCGUCAAACAUCCCAUCUAGGUUCAAAUGUUGCAACAGUUAAUCCUUUCCUGGAACAUAUCGACAAGGAAGCAGAGUACGUCACAUCUGACCAUCUAUCCGGAAUUGUAUUUUCCCAGAGUUCCAGCAAACCGGAAGGACUUACUCCAGAUAUUGUGCAAGAAGCUUAUGAAAGUGAGGUCUAUGAGGUUGGUGUACCAAAGCUGAAUUAUGAACCAAAAAUAGAUUUGGUUCAGACCACUGCUAAAGCAUCACAAGAAAACACUCCUCCCACACAAAACACAGCCCCGUUUGAAGAUUCAGAGUCCGUCUCUUCACCAGUUCUUCCUGAUAUUGUCAUGGAGGCACCACUGACGUCAGCCUCACAGCCUGAUGUUUCAACAGCACGACAUGUUGGUGUUGUCAGUGAAGAGAAAAUAAAGUUUGAAUCGGAGAAACCCCCAUCAUAUGAAGAUGCUAUCAAUAAAGGAAACUUGAAAGAGCAGGAACCUGCUGCGGCACAUGUUGAGCCAGUGAAAAAGACUCGCGCUGAAGAGGCCGAAGCACCAUAUAUAUCCAUAGCAUGUGAUUUGAUAAAGGAGACCAUUCCAGAAAAAGUUACUGAUUUCCCAAAGGCCCUGAAAAGUGAGUUUGAUUACCACUAUACUACCCAAUAUGAUGAGAGCUCUCCAGAGUCUGAGCCCAGUGAACCUUCAUACAAGCAUUGGGAGUCAGAAGUGAUCUUAAAGGAAGCAGCCACCUCAAUAAGCAGUGUACAGUCUCGUGAUGUUGCAUUAGACGAGGAACAAGAAAGUGAUGAGAAGUGGAACGAGGAAGUCUCUGGUAAAGCUUAUCUAGAGUCUGAGUCUCGCGUUUUUGAUACUAAUAUAUUGGCUAAGGAACCAGUUACACAGUUAUCUAGGCAAGAGAAACCUUUACAGAUGGAAGCUUUUGGAAAAACGGUCUAUGCUGAAGAGGUGCCGCACAUAACCGAGCCUGUGCACUUUGAAAAGCCAUCGGCUGUGCCGUUUGUUCAGGAGUUUGUUUCCAAACCUAGCAGAGAGGAUCAAGUUGAAGUUAAGAAGCGGGAUGAUCGUGUACUGAAAGAUGAGCCUAAGAAAAUAGAAGACUUGCAUUCACAGCAAAAAGCCAAAGAGAGUACUCCAGCUUCUGUUAAGUUGGUAGACUUUAAUAAAAAGGAGUCUGAGAUUGAAGAAACUAUUCCAAAGCCGGCACCACCGACUAAGGGCGCAGAUGUUGAUAUUUCAUCCAGUACAGAAAAGAAGCAGCCCCCAGCUCUACCUGCUUUGGGAGCUUGCAGUUUCAAGACAUCAGUUGUUGACCUCCUGUACUGGCGGGAUAUAAAGAAAUCGGGACUGGUGUUCGGUGCCAGCCUCUUCAUGUUGCUGUCUCUGACGGUGUUCAGCAUAGUCAGCGUUUCCGCAUACAUUGCCUUGGCUUUGCUGUCUGUUUCCAUCAGCUUGAGAAUAUACAAGGGAGUGCUGCAAGCAAUUCAGAAAUCCGAGGAAGGGCAUCCAUUUAGAUCUUACCUGGACUCCAAUGUGGCAGUGUCUGAAGAACUUGUUAAUAAAUAUAGCAAUGUCGCCCUGGGGCAUGUUAACUGUACUCUUAAGGAGCUGAGGCGUCUCUUCCUGGUGGAGGAUCUGGUGGAUUCUCUGAAGUUUGCAGUGUUGAUGUGGGUGUUCACCUAUAUCGGUGCCUUGUUCAAUGGCCUGACCUUACUGAUCCUGGCACUGAUUUCUCUGUUCAGUAUUCCUGUAAUUUAUGAAAGACAUCAGACUAAAGUGGAUCACUAUAUAGCACUCAUAAGCAAGAAUUUCAACAAUGUAAAAGACUUAAUCCUGGCAAAAAUCCCUGGACUGAAACGCAAAGCUGAAUAACUGCUACUAAAAAUCAAGUUUGCCGCAGAUACCAAUAGGAGCCUCUGAAUUUGAGGGCUGUGUAUUUGGAUGACUUGGGGUGGGUCAGGGAAAGACCAGCCUUGACAUUGCAGUGCAUUUUCCCAGAUCUCUACUUUUUAUUUUAAUAUUUUUUUUUUUUCUGCAAUGCAGUGUUUAAGGAUCGAAACAACUGUUUUACUGCCAUGUGUUUCAUUCUGAGUAUUGUAAGCUGCUAUGUAUGGGUUUGAAACUAUUUUCUGUUUCUUCUCCUGUGUGAAGCACCGUUUAAUACAGAACUUUUUUUGUUUUGUUUUCUAGCAUGCUGUAUAUUGUGCUUCCGAAGUAGUCUUACUGCGCUUUCACGGGCAUAAUGUUAAUCAAUACUUGCACUGUGUAUGAAGAGUAAGUUGAGAUAUCCAUUUUGUAGCCCUUCAGCGUAGAAAGUGGUUUUGGUGCAUGGCGUCAUACAUCAAUGGUUCUUCUGCCCUGAACGAGCUGCUGAACAAACCCCCUUGUGAUCAUACCUAGAGACAACAUGGCUUCUGUUCGGUAUGAUGGUAGCUCUAUCUUGUGAUUUUAUUGUUUUAUCAAUUGCCAAUAUCUAUAGUGUUUUCCGAGAGCCUAGCUCCCACAGUGCUUUUUUUAUUUUUAGGAUUGAAAUGACAUUCUAACCGCUAGCUCCAUAGCACAUACACACAAAGUUAACUUAAAGGAAAAAACAAAAAAAAAACUCUUUCUAGGAACACUAUUGUCUGUUUAAUGAACAGUUAUGUAUACCAAUAUAGGAACUUACACAUCGUCGCUCAGUAGUUGGGUUUGCACAACCACAUUUACAGUCACUUGAACUUUCUGUAACCGAGUACUAAACGCUGCAAAUUUGUUUAAGAGAAAAAACAAAAGUCAAUCUCGUUGCAAGAACGUAAAAUGUUACCCAGCUGCAGGAAUGUGCUGAAGCAAGUCUUUGGAAUGCAUUGUGAUAUGUAAAAACAAA